AUGCACCAUCUGCACAAAGUGCAUCAAGGCAAGGAGGACGGGGGAACUGAAACAAAGUUCGUACUUCAGACACACGAUUUGCAAACGUUUCGCAGAUGCUGGUCCGAGGUUGUCGGAACGCAAGAUAAGAUGCCGAUAUGGAAAUUGAGAGGUCUUCUUGAGAAGCUCCAUUACCACCAUUGCCCUCUUGGGACUUGCGCUCUAGCAGACCAGAUAAGGUUCCGAAGCAUCAGGAUUGAGCUGCUGGAUGGAAACGCUGAUGGAACAGACUUACAUUUCCAAGAUGUCGUUUACACGUUGAGUUUGAACGUGGCGGGAUCGAAGGCCCUGCGGUUUGAAGCCUUCUACUCCAGGCUUGCUCUAGUCAGCAAGCUAACCAACUUGUUCGGCAAGAAGAAGCAUCUGCUGCAAGCGAAGUAUUCUGAGCUGCAACAAGUCAAGAAGGAGCAUCUUUCCAUCCAGUUUGCUCUCACCGCCCCCGCCAAGCGCUCCCGGACGAUCCUCUACAACUGCAACAGCGGCAGCCUGGAAGUUUACUCGAGUGACGACAAGUUCUUCGAAGUCAUGCGCUUCAUCCUCGAUUAUAUCAGCACUGCCACUGAGCAGCACGAGAAGGAGGAGCAGGAGCAUGAGCAGGAGCAGGAGCAGGAGCAGGAGCAGGAGCAGGAGCAGGAGGAGAGGAAAAAUGAAGGUCAAGGGGCAGUUAGUCAUCAUGAGAGGAAGAAGAUGAUUCUCGAAGCUCUGCAGCAGAACGAAUUUCUCGAGGAGCUCGAGUUCCGCUAUGUAGCCUCGCAGGCCUCCUGCGAUCUUGAUGUUUGCGUGCAAGACAUUCUCAAGCUGAAGCAAGACUGA